GAUGAUGAGGAUGGCGGCGUCCGGCAGCUAGAAAGCUUCAUAAUCGAUGUUCCUCCCUUUAAAACCUCUUUUAAAACAGCGACAGGAAACCGUGUUCAGGUUUUUCUGAUUGUUUUAACUUCCGGUCUGCUCACGCUCGUCUACAACGCUGUGCUGAGGUUAGCUUAGCUCGCUAACUUGAGGUAAACUGACGGGGACGUAAGUUAGCAGCGCGCGUAGCUGUGGACUGUUUUUAACUCGGUUCGUCUUGAGGGAAAAAAGUUGGUGUACGUGUUCGAUGAUGUCCAAAGUCCAAAUGUUGAGAGCUUUUGUCAACCAGCGGCUAACCGCGGCUGCCGAGGAGAUAUUUGGGCUGUUCGAGAGAACGAUCGCGGAGUACGAGGAGGAGCUCGGCCGGCAGAGCAGGAGGCUGCAGGACGCUGCGGCGUCCACAGAAAAACCAGCAGUGUUUCCUGAGAUUUCGGCGAUGAAACAGGAUCCUCCUCCUCCUCCUCAGCAACAGUGGAGCCCCAGUCUGGACCAGGACCCAAAGACGCCGCAGAUUAAAGAAGAACGUGAGGAGCUCUGGACCAGUCAGGAGGGGGAGCAGCUUCGAGGGCUGGAGGAGGCUGAUUUCACCUUCCCGUUAACUUCUGUCCCUGUGAAGAGUGAAGACGAUGAUGAGGAGAAGGCUCAGUCCUCACAGCUUCACCAGAGUCAAACAGAAGAGAACAGAGAUGCAGAGCUUUUAAAAACAGGAGCUGACAGAGAGGACUGUGGAGGAUCAGAACCGGCCAGGAGCUUUAAUCCAGAUCAUUUCCAACCAGCUGAUAAUAAAACAUCCCUCUCCUCUGAGACUGAAGACAGGAUUUGUGGCUUGAAGCAGAGCAGGGACCCUCAGUCAGGUUUAAAUACUCUGAUACACAAUGAUAUGGGAUGUAAUACGGCCAAAAAGUAUUUUAGCUGCUCUGAGUGUGGUAAAAGAUUUGGCACCAAGGACCAUCUGCAGAUCCAUAUGAAAUGUCAUACAGAAGGAAAAACAUUUACGUGCCCGUUUUGUGGUAAAAAGUUUACCAAGCGAUCCAAUCUGACCACCCACGUAAGAGUUCAUACCGGAGAGAAGCCGUUCACCUGCUCAGUUUGCAAUACAAGUUUUAGUCUGCGUUGCACAUUGGUGAAUCACAUGAGAGUCCAUACGGGGGAGAAACCAUUUAUCUGCUCAGUUUGUAGUAAAAAAUUUUCUAAAAAGGCUAAUUUGACCACACACAUGGCCCUCCACACCGAGGAGAAGCCAUUCAAAUGCAGUAUUUGUGACAAAAGAUUCACCUGGCAUUCACAGGUCAAAAACCACAAGUGUGUUGAUGGCAGGAGGUGAAGCAGGAGGCGGCUGAGCAGCGACUGAACAAAACCCCAGCGAGCCGCGUCGAAAGAGUUUGUCCGGAAUUGGACUCGUUUGGGCUUUAGGAGCCGGAGUUUUCGUAGAUUUUGAGGAUUGAGUUUGCAGAGCCGAAUGUUGCCUUUAGGCUGCGACACAAUUGUGAACAAUCCUGUGAGAGCAGGGAAGAGGUCCGACAAACCACAGAAGGAGUGCAGUUUAAUCCAGCAUUUGCUAUCAAGUCAGCCAGUAUUGUGCUCAGUAGGCUGUUCAUAGCACUGAGGGUUUGGCCAUUUAAACCUGUUUACCUGUGGAAUGAUCCAAACAGGUGUUUUUGGAGCGUUCCACAUCUUUCCCAGUCUUUAGUUGCUCCUGUCCCAACGUGUUUGAAACGUGUUGCUGCAUCAGAUUCAGAAUAAGCAGAUAUUUACAGAAUGUUUUCCGUUGAGUAGAUGUCAGAAAGUAUUAGCAAGUUAUCACAUUUUGUAUAAUUUGUGUUUUACACAGCUUCCAAACAUUUUUACAGUCCGGCUGAUAUUAAAGCGAGCACAAUUUAAACAUGUAUUGACAGAGAAAUGCCAAUAAAACCUUGUGAAAUAAUAAUAUGAGGAGGAAAUAUGAAGCCGAUGUGAUCAUGGAAAAAGAUAAAACUGAUAAAUGUCGUCCAACUUGCAAAAGUGAGUUUUAAAGCAGUUGAUCUCACACUGAGGGGAAGACUGUUCCAAAGCUGAGAGGCUGCACCCGAGAACACGCAGUGGCCUCUGGUGGAACAUGAAGGAGAGCUGGUUCUGUACUGUGUAGCUUUGGAAAACAAUGUGGAUCCAAUGUGCCCUCUUUCAGAAUGGAAAAGUUUAUAAUGUUGAGCAGAUGAGGUGCGAUUAUCUCUUUCAAAGGUUUAGUGGGGGCAGGGUCAGGCCAUGCCCAUACGUGAGACACUGGAGACGGUUCUGAUGUGAUGUGGGUGUAAAACAGUUCAGUUAUCAGAGUUAUCUAUGUUCAGUUUUUAUCGUGUCAAUAAA